GGCUUGCCUUAUUAAUUAAUAUUUAAGCCAUAUGAUAGUUAUUUUGCUCUGUGAAUUGCAAAAUAUCAUUACACCAGCGCUUUACUACUGAGUACACCAGUCGCGUUUUUCCUCUCGGACAGUUACUACACGUUACAAGAAAAUUAAUUUCAAGAUGUCUCUAGAUGACAAUGACUUGGACUCCUUGCCGGAUAGGAUUGCUGAGACCUUCGCUGGGUUGACCCUUCUCGUGACUGGAGGGACUGGUUUCAUGGGGAAGGUUCUAGUGGAAAAGUUAUUGCGAAAAUGUCCGGACAUAGCGAAAAUCAUGCUGUUAGUACGUCCGAAGAAAGGAAAGUCACCGAAACAGCGUCUCGAGGAAAUGUUGAACGAUGAGUUGUUUGCUAAAUUACGCAGUCUCCGCGGUGGUGUUGAACCGUUGUUGGAGAAGCUGCAAAUAGUAACCGGAGACGUGAUUGCUCCUGAUUUGGCUAUCAGCGACACCGACAGGCUAGAUGUCAUUGAAAAUGUACACAUAGUGGUGCACGCUGCGGCCACUAUAAGAUUCGACGAGGAAUUGAAAAAGGCUGUGUUUUUGAACGUGCGCGGAACUAAAUUAAUUUUAGAUUUGGCGAAGCAGUGUAAGAAACUUAAGCUGUUUAUCCACAUUUCAACGGCGUACUGCCAUCUUCACGAGAAACUCCUGGAGGAGAAACCUUAUCCACCACCAGCUAAUCCCCACAAGAUCAUUGAGGCUAUGGAGUGGAUGACUGAUGAAGCUGUAGCCACUAUCACGCCCAAUUUGCUGAGUAAACUGCCGAAUUCUUAUGCUUUCACGAAAGCUUUGGGAGAAGCUCUGGCAGUCGAAGCGAUGGAACACAUACCGGUGAUCGUGUUGAGACCUUCCAUCGUUAUCCCGGUGUGGCAGGACCCGGUUCCUGGAUGGACGGACAACAUAAACGGUCCCACGGGAUUGCUUAUUGGUGCUGGUAAAGGUGUUAUCAGAACGAUGUACUGUAAAAGUAACAGCUACGCAGACUACUUGCCGGUCGACGUUUUCAUUAAUGGCAUCAUGAUCUGCGUUUGGAAUUACAUCAAAUUGGGUGACACGAAGUCCAAUGUAAUAAAUUUCACGUCAUCCGCUGAGAUCAAGGUCACGUGGUUGGAGAUGAUUGAUGCUGGGCGGGAGAUAAUAAUGAACAGAGUGCCCUUAAAUAACGUUGUUUGGUACCCGGGUGGGUCCAUGAAGCACUCCAGGCUAUAUCACAACAUAUGCGCAUUGUUCUUCCAUUGGAUACCAGCCAUUAUAAUAGACACUUUACUGUUUUGUUUAGGAUAUAAACCUGUUCUGAUGAGGGUUCAUCGCCGCAUCAGCAAGGGCUUCGAAGUCUUCGAGUACUACACGAACAAUCAAUGGGACUUCAAAUCUGACAUCGCUCAGACAGUCCGACAGAAACUGAAUCCGCGGGAGAGAAGAGAUUACAAGGUUGACGCUAUAGGCUUGGAUAUAUCGAAAUAUUUCGAGGACUGCAUCCGAGCUGCUCGCAUAUUCAUCCUUAAGGAGUCUGACGACACCUUACCGAGCGCCAGGCGGCACAUGAAGAUCAUGUGGUUCGUCGAUAUUGUCGCGCAGUUCCUGUUCUGGGCUCUCAUGAUGUACUGGAUCUCCGGAUGGAUGGCCAGCUUUUAUUCGUUUGUUGUUGGUUCCAGUAAUAUUACGCCUAAGGCUAUAGUUGAAUAAGUACUAUGUAUUGAAUUUAGGGUAAAUUUAUGUGUACACAGAAUUGUGGAAUCUCUGCUUGAAGAUCUGUUUGUAGUGAUUAGAUAACGCGAAGCAUCACACAUACAAAGCGUGUUUAUGUAUAAAGAUAUAUUUUAUAUGUUACGACUAAUGAUUUCUUGUGUUAUAUAAAUGUACAGUA